CUUUUUANAAGUGCAAAACAAUUUUUAAAGCAAAAAUAAAAAACAAUAACAAAAAACCGCCUUAGCGACACGCGAGUUCGAGUGCAAAAAUUUGCAGUUGUCACGCAUGAAUUUUUAUUAAACACCGCUAAGUGCUUGUGGUUAGGCCAAAUUAAUUUUGUGUGCAAAAUUAAACGAAACACAAACAGCAAAAAACAGCAAAACACUUUUUUUUAACGAAUUUCAAUUUCAUAGCCGUUGAAAACCGUGUGCAACAAGAUACACGUACCACUUAAAUUUUCCACUUGAGUGCUUCACUCAGCCGCCCGUACAAAGCAAUAGAGCAACUUGUAGCUUACAGCAGCUUACAGCUUACAGCCAACAGCCAACAGCUUGCAUGCUGCAGUGAUCAAUCAGCAGCAACAGUUGCCGAUAAGCAGCAAUCGCAAACACAUAACCGAAUACGCGUGCGCGCAUUCAACGCCAUCAACGUCAUUCAUUACCAGUGGCCAAUAUAUCGCUUCGCAUUCACGUUCAAGUCUAGUGAAAACUCUCUGCAUAUUUUAUGCAUUUUUAGUAAAUUUUUACAAGUUUUGCUUUUUAAUUGCCGCCGUAAUAUCCCCCGCCGUUUGUGCUUGCUGUGAGUGAGUCGUCAGCGGCGUAAGAAAGCUUGAUACUAGUUUCCAACUGGCUAAACAAGCAGCCUCCAAUAGCCACUGACAUAGUUUCUAUUCAGUGUGCCGGCAUCGCAAACAUUAACAAGAUCAUUGUCGAUCGUAUCUGCUUAGUUAAUAGCUAGUGAUUUUAGCGCGCGCUUGUGCAGAAGAAGAAGAAGAAGAAGAAAGUGAAAUGAAGAUGCAUCUACUCGCCGUAGUCAUUGUGUCCUGUCUAUUGUUGAUCAGUGUAUCGCUACAAAGUGUACUGGCGGCUAGCGCUGCAACUGUGGGUCUCUAUGCGCCAGAUCGCUAUAAUGGCAUACCGGAAACAUGUCUAUUACCAAUGGACUUUGGCUAUUGCCGGGCCAAAGUGAAGCGCUACUAUUUCGAUAUGCGCCGCAUGAAAUGCGCCAUGUUCUACUUUGGCGGCUGUGCGGGCAACGUCAACAACUUCAAGUCGUUGGAGGAAUGCAAUCGAGUAUGCCUGGAUGGUUAUGGCGAUUAUGACAGUCCAAAUGAUGUGGUAGCCGUCAACAAAGUGGCUAGCGGACGUGAUUAUCGAAGUCGCGGCAAUGUGAACAACAGCGGCGGCAGUAGCAGCAGCAGCAGCAGCAGCGGCAAUGUUGGCAGCAACACCAAUCGUGGUGUUAGCAGCAGCAGCAACAAUAACCAUAAUCACAGUGGCGUUGGGGGCAGCGUCGCCCCCAUCAGCGGUAGCAGCAGCAGCGGCGGCGGCGGCGGCGGCGGCAUUAAGAACAACACGUCCGCAACCAGUUUCGGUGGCGGCAUUAGCAGUGUUGAUUCGAUCUACAAGAACGCUAACAACAAGUACAACAGCAACUAUUAUAACACCAACAUUGGCAGCAAUGUAAAUGGUAAUCAUAGCGGCAGUAGCAGCAGCAGCAUUAGUGGCGUGAACAAUAGCACAAAAAUCAUACGAAGCCGAAGUGAUGACAAUCUCGAUGAAUAUGACUAUGAGGAGAUUUGAAUGAAGUAACCCUUUGUUUGUAUAAUAUUUCGAAAACACGAAAACUUGAUACAAAGUAACUUCCUCUACUUGCUCUACUGCCAAAUAAUCGUUUACUAUUUUUUUUUUCAUUUUAUACUAUUUUCUUCUUAUAAACUAGUUAUUUAUGAUACAUACAUAUGUACAUAUCCACAAGUUAACUUUGAUAGAUACGGUGGCGAGCAACCAAAUAAAGACGCGACACUUUAACAAGUUUUGGCUAUUUUGCUUUGGUUUAUUUAAUGUUUAAUAUUUUUGUAUUAAAGUAUCAUAAAAAUUUCAAGCUUUUUAUUUAAAAUUUCAAAAAAAAAAAAACUAGGUAUGCAGUUUUGUAGUAUAAUAAAUAUAAUAGUAGUAUGAAGUAACUAGGACUUUCCAUGAAUUUCGAGAAUUACUUCUUUGGCUGGCGGUGUUGCGCAUUUACUUUGUAAGAAAGAAAAUGCGUGUAAACGUCAGCAAAUAAAAACAAAAAUCUACGCUAAAUCCUAGCUACUGCAAAUUCACACUGGACUGGAAAAUUGAAUACAAAAUUUUU